UUUAUAACACAUUUCUUCUUCCAGUUCUAUAAACGUUGUGCUUUUAGAUCACCUCCAUUCCAAAGUUUCGCUCUAUUUCGAAGUGUAUACCUAAUGUCUUUCAAAAUCAAACACUAUGUAGCUCUAUCUACCCUAUCCAUGUUAGCCCUAUUUUGCACAAUGGUUCUCCUGCGUGGAGGAUUUCGACAGCUGGGCACCACUCCUCCUGUUGUAUCUAUUGAAUCUGGACUAAUACCCACGAGGGAGAACGCUACACUGGUGUUCUUGGCGCGUAAUUCGGAAUUGAAGGGCGUCUUAACAAGCAUGCAAAAUUUGGAGAAUCGGUUCAACCACAAAUAUAUGUAUCCUUGGGUGUUCUUGAAUGACGAGGAAUUUACCAAUGAAUUCAAAGGCCGCGUAAUGUUGGAAACAAACGCGAAGGUAUAUUUUGGAUUGAUUCCAAAGGAACAUUGGGUUCAACCUGCUUGGAUCGACGAGGAAAAGGCAGAAGAGUCGCGUAGACGGUUGACGGAGCAGAAAGUCAUAUACGGCGGUAGCUCUUCUUACAGAAAUAUGUGCCGCUUCAAUUCUGGCUAUUUCUUCCAACAUCCACUGCUCCAACAAUUCAAGUAUUAUUGGCGGGUAGAGCCUAACAUUAAAUAUUUCUGUGAUAUGAACUACGACCCCUUCCGAUAUAUGAUCGAUAAUAACCACACAUAUGGUUUUACAAUCGCAUUGUAUGAGGUUCCAGAGACGGUUACCACAUUAUGGGAGAGCGUCAAUGAAUUCAUCUCCCAAUAUCCUCAAUACAUCGUUAACGACAACGCCAAGGAAUUUCUAAGUAGCGACGGGGGGAACACUUACAAUAUGUGUCACUUCUGGAGUAAUUUCGAAAUAGCGGACAUGGAUUUCUGGCGGAGUGACGCGUACCAAGCAUUUUUCAAGUUCCUUGAUGCGGAAGGAGGUUUCUACUAUGAGAGAUGGGGUGAUGCUCCCGUACAUUCAAUUGCUGCCGCUUUAUUUCUCCCAAAGAACAGGUUGCACUUUUUCCAAGAUAUCGGUUACCAGCAUGCGACGUACCAGCAUUGCCCUUCAAGUGAUGAAUCCAUGGGCAAUACUUGCUCCUGCCAUCGUUGGAAUACUAUUGAUACCAAAAAACAAUCGUGUCUGCCACAAUAUAAAGCUUUGUACAUGAAUACCUCAAUCCGAAUAGAUCGUGCCCAGGGUUUGUUCCCCUGGUGGUGAUCAUGGAUGAACCUCCACCACUUCAAGAAUAGGAAAAACUUAAGUAUCAAACACCAUCUUCAAUAUUUAUAUUUAGUAUCUGAUGAUCGAUCAAAUAUUCUGCACACAUUGAUAAUACGCUGCAAAGCAAAAUGCUUUCAUCUGAAAUCUGAAAUCCUCUUGCAUGCAGAAAGAAAAAUCAUCUAAAAGGUUUUACAGUGAUUUGGCCAUAGGAUGGUUGAAGUUUGCAAAGAGAUAAGGGUGGAGGAAGGGGAUACGGUCCUGACGCACCCGCUGGGGCUUGUUAUACGAUCACCUGCAAACGUGG